AGACAGUAGAGCCGGUGAACUCUGUCACUCUUCAGCAUUGUACAGUUAGAGGUCUGAGUAGGCUGCAGUGGAAAAGGAACGGGAAAAGUUGUACAGUAUAAUAAUCUGCCCACUGGAGUAGCGACCGGUAUACCGGCUGCAAUUCUCAUCAUUUGAAUGUCUGGUGACACAGCGCGAGAGGUGGGCUUCGAUUGUCAAGUCGCAAAGGUGCAUUCAACAGCAGAUAUAACGUCGGGGAUGGAACAAGUCACAAUGAGCGACCGGUUCGAUUGCGACAACUGCAAGGAGUCCCUGUACGGACGCAAGUACAUCCAGGCAGACGGGGGAGAGGGGGACAACCCCUACUGCAUCCCCUGUUACGACAGCCUGUUCGCCAACACCUGCGACGAGUGCAAGGAGCUAAUCGGCCAUGACGCCAGGGAGCUGUUCUACGAGGACCGGCACUACCACGAGCACUGUUUCCGUUGUUUCCGCUGUGACCGCUCGCUGGCGGACGAGCCCUUCACCAGCCAGGACGAGGCCCUGCUGUGCAACGACUGCUACUGCAACGAGUUCUCGUCCAAGUGUGUGGCCUGUGACAAGACUGUCAUGCCAGGCACGAGGAAGUUGGAGUACGGUGGCUCCACAUGGCACGAGGGCUGUUUUAUCUGCCACAGCUGUGAGCAGCCCAUCGGCUCUAAGUCCUUCAUCCCAGACAAGGAUGAACACUACUGUGUGUCCUGCUAUGAGGAUAAGUUCGCCCCGCGCUGCACCCGCUGCAAAAAGGCCCUGGCUAAAGGGGGUGUGACAUAUCGGGAUGAGCCAUGGCACAAGGAGUGCUUUGUGUGUACGGGCUGCAAGGUGCAGCUGGCAGGGCAGCACUUCACCUCGCGCGAAGACAACCCUUACUGCCUCAAGUGCUUCGGCAGCCUAUACUCUAAGAAGUGUGAGGCCUGCAGCAAGCCUAUCACAGGUUUUGGCGGAGGGAAGUACAUCUCAUUUGAGGAGCGCCAGUGGCACCAGCCCUGCUUCACCUGCACAGAGUGCUCUGUCUCUCUGGUGGGGGCAGGCUUCUUCCCCAAUGGAGACCAGAUCCUGUGUCGCGACUGCAACACCAAUAGCAAUCUAUAGACUACACACACACACACACACCGUAUCGCCCCUCUCCUCACACACGCCCGCCUAGUUCAACCCCAGGGCCCCCCUCAUCACUGCCAAGGUUGUUAACACAGCCCCACAGAUUGCCUCUCAGGUCAUACACACACACACACACACACACACACACACACACACCACACCUUGCUCACUAGACCACA